CAUCAUGGCGUUAGCCUCCUGUGACUAUCAGAGUCACGAUAUGCGGCAGUCCUGGAACUCCCCGGUCACGCAGACGGGCACCGCAGACGUCUCAGGCUAUGAGGACCACCUCCGCCCAGAAUUUACCCCCCACAAUACCCGUGGACCCCAGAUCCAGGAGCAGGACUGCCAGUGGGAUCUGGACUCCUUCCUCACUCACUGCCCUGGGCAUCCGCAGGGUCAUGGCUACUUUACACAGCAGCCUGCCGGCCCCUACCAAGGACUGGCAUACACUGGCUUGUGCCAGUCUGAAGUUUUCAAUGAGUUUUUCCUCCCCAGUCUAGAAGGUAUGUUCUCUGAGUGUGUAAUGGAAUACUCCAGCCCAGGAGAGACUAACAUUGUGCACGGACCAUCUGCGCCAGCGGGUGACAGCGGCUUUCCCCCUCAUACCGGGCAUUCAGACCACCUCAGUAUAAGUGCGGGCUACUGCAUCCAGCUACGGAAGUGGCCACAUUCCAAAUCCAGCAUGCCCUCCGUACGAAGCUCCGCCCACUUUGGCACAAACCCCGUGCCCAUCUUGCCAAGGCCAGUGGCUCCUCCUGGCGCAUGCCAUCCAGUGCAGACCUUCUUACCUGCUCACCCGAACCCGGGGGGCACACAGCCCCUGGCCCCACCUGUCUCACAAGGGCCGUCUGCGCUCUCACAGCCAAUGGAGAGGAGCAAUUCCAGGAGAAAACCGCGGACGAAGAGAGGCGUUACGGUUCAUACCUGCGCGUACGCGGACUGCGGGAAAACUUACACAAAGAGCUCCCACUAUAAGGCGCAUCUCCGCACUCACACAGGAGAGAAGCCGUACGUGUGCAGCUGGCCGAGCUGUGACUGGAAGUUCUCUCGCUCCGAUGAGCUCACGCGCCAUUAUCGCAAGCACACCGGUCAGCGCCCGUUCCAGUGCCAAACCUGCCAGAGAACCUUCGCCCGCUCGGACCACCUGGCUCUGCAUAUGAAGAGGCACGAAAAUACGGCAGCGGAUUCAUUCUUACGGAGCGGGAACAUGGAUGGGUUAGCGUAUGCGCUUUAAUGCCGUUAAUUUCCGGAUUUCCAGGAAUCUUAGGCGGUUUACGCACUCGGAUUCGGGGUGCGAUACGCUCAGCUCCCAACGCAUUUCAUGAACUAAUGAACUUAAACAAGUCUGACGGCCGCGAUAUUAAUACGUUUUAAGAAUCCAGAAAUGUUGAUAUAUUGGGUGUAAAGUUUAUACACUUUAUACUUUUUUUGAAGUAUUUUUUUAUACUUUUUUUUUUCUGGCCAGUAGAUAAAUCAACAAAUAAUAAUAAUAAUAAUAAUAAUAAUAAUAAUAAUGCCUAGUCUGCCCCGUUUUUCUUGCUGUAGAGACUAAUCAGUCGUUGGUCUCGUCUUAGAUUCAGGAGCCGUAUGUCUAUCCCACACAUGUUUAAAACCCCCUCACUGUAUUAACCUCUACCACUUCUGCUGGGAGGCUGUUCCACUUACCUACCGCUCUCUCGGUAAAGUGAACCAUGAACAGAAUUAUUUUGCUGCAGUUGAAAUGACAACAAAUGCCAUGUUUCUAAUUGUGGAAAUUAAAAUUGUCAGACGCUGCUGCAAAGUCAUCAAAAAAGAAAAAAAAAUGGCUUUUUCAUCUAUUUAGGAGAAUUAAGUGUUUAUAGGUUUGACCACUAAAUCAAUGUACGUUUUGAACAUUAUAUUCUCAGAACAACUUAUCCUGCGGCUCCAGCCACGCCGGGCUGAUAAUUAACGGGGUGGACGGGGGAGAUAAGACUUUGAAACUUUUUUUAACGCAGAAUGCGUCAUAAACAGAAUCGGACGAAAGGAGCGCCUUGUAUAGAAAAGCAUCGAACACAAUAGUUUAUUUUUGUAAGCAAAAAAUCAUGAUUUAAAUUCAUGUCAAAAAGUUGCUUUGAAAUGAAAUAUAAAUAAAUAUAUAUAUAUACAGUUCUGC